AUGUCUCCCUCGCCCCUCAACCUUCAUCUGACUACAACUUCGAACGCACCUGACGCUCAGCUGAGCCCUAGGUGCUUUACUGCCGAUCGCAUGUCCUUCGCAACGCCAAUCAGCUCAUCGUCCGGGCAUGGCGAUGCAAACGCACCCGAACGCUCCUUUGUGGACGCCGCAAGUACCCUCGUCGGCUCCUAUAUCGCCUUUGCACUCGACGUCGAUCGUAUUGCCGCGCAGUACAGUCAAUCGGACCCCGAACUGCUCGCCAUAGACGAGUUCCGGACCGCAACCGCACGAGGACGUUACGUCGGCCUUGUAAUCCGAGAGAAGCAGACAUCAUCUCUGGAGAUUGACGAAAAGUCCUGCCUAGCGAUAUACGUUCUCCCCGUGAGCCAGGGUGCACCAGGAGCAAACGUUGGAUGGAUGCCGAUUGAGCCAACUGGGUUGAUUACACCGCACGCAGGGCAAGAGGCGCUUGAACCACAGGUCAUGUUUCCCUGGGCCGGAUGCACCCAGCUGCUGACAGGAGGCGUGUGGCUAAGCGUCGAAGAAAGGCGUCCGUCUUCCCUCCACUUCAACUUGAAUGUGGAUGACUGGCUGCGUGUAGACGACGGACUCGGUACCUUAUCGGGUUACCAAGGGCACCCAGCAGAAGCCAUCCCGGUAGAGGCUUGGGGCGACAUCAGAUGUGGAAACCCCAGUUUGACCUUAAAUCAAUUUGAACAAGAGGUGGAGGAGCUCCGCGCACGUAUCUUUAUCAUAGAUUGA